AUGGCCCCAGGGAAGAAAAAACUUGGGGGGAAAAAGCAACGGGGGAAAAAAAAAAAAAACCCCAAAAACCGCCGGGGGGCAAAACCCGCCAAAUUAGUCCGGAGGCCAGGGAAAAAAAACCACGCCAAAAAAAAAAAAACGGGCCCCCACCCCCGCCCAAGAACCCUUUUUUUCUUGCCCCCGUUGGCGGCAACGCAGGAAAACCCACGAGGAAACGAGCCGCAAAACAGAAACCCGCCGGAGGGGCCCCCCCCCCGCGGAGGGCCAAAGCCCCCCACGAGAAAAAAGAGCCCCGCCAAGCGGAGGAGUAGCAAGUGGGGGAAAUUUAAAUGCGAACCACAAAAGCUAGGUGCAGGGGAAACCGGAGGGCAGGAGGCAGGCCAGUUGGGGGCAGGAAACGCAAGAGGAGCCAGAACCACGAGCCCCCAGGCCCAGAACGGGGAAGGGGAAAAACCCCGCCAGGGGGACCGCGCCGAAGUUUCGCCUCAAAAAACCCUGUUUUUGGUGCUGGACAAGAAAACCGGGGGGACGGGGGGGCACCCCCCCCCCGCGGGGUGGAAAGGAAGAACAGUGGGGGGGUGUUUGCAAGGCGGACCCGGCCCCUGA